GUGAGAAGUUAAGAGUACAAGAAGACGCAGACUUUCUAAGUGUUGAACAUAGGGAGCGAUCUUUACAGGAGGGAAGUCAUGUUCCGUCUCGGCCUUCUGCUGACUGUCGUGGUUAUGGCCUCCGCGGCCUCUGUCCCGGAGCCUGAAAAUCCUGAUUCGUGGAAAGAGGAAAAUCUGCCCUCCUUAUCCGUGGGGCAAGAGAUUGUUGUCGUCAGUGACAAGAUCAAAGUUCUCUUUGACUCUAAGCGUCUGACAGUGACGGCCCGUGACGGCAUAGAGUUGUUGUGUUACUGUGCUAAGUUAUCCAGUCACAGAGAGUUUGGGGAAAUACGACAAGAGCUCAAGAAUAACGAGAACGCAGUGAACGAGAUCUUGAAGCAUUUCCGUGUCGUUUGGCCACCACUGAAAAAAGAACAAGUUCUGCCGCAGAUGGGCGCCACUGUCGCAGAGUUCUGUGCUCACGUCCCAGUUGUCACUGCCGUGAGGGUGUGAGGAGUUAAUCUCGCACUGGAAUGAAAGAAGUCCCCGUUUCUUGGAACACACUGCCCAUUCUUCUCGCAUAGUCGUCAUUCUAUAGGAGGGACAAUGCUUUUGAUAUAUUCACUGUUUGCUGACGAUUUCUUGAAUUCCGUAUGGGAAAAGAAAAGGCUUGACUUAUUAAUUUUGGAUAUCACAAAUAUUAACGCGCCCUAAUGUUGCUUAGCUGCUCAUUAGUAAAUUCAUAACGAUGGUGGGUACCCCGACACUUUUACUGCUUUCUUUGGAAAUAGAGAUCAUUGUUGCUCGGCUAUUCCCAAAAAAAUAAGUAAAGAACAAAUGUUUAUCUGUGACGAUCGGAUUUAUAAACGUAACUUUAAACGAAGAAAUGAAUAACUCAAAAUUUCAGCUUUUUGUCACUCUUACAAGAGCAUCUUUCCCUUUGUUCACAAUCUUAUGUUUCCACUGAUAAAACGCAAAUAAAAAUCACUGCCUGUAGCAAGUAGAA